AUGUCUCAGGUUUUCUUCGACGUUCAGUACGCCCCUGUCGGCUCCAGUGCCCCCAAGACUGGUCGUAUCACCUUCAACCUCUUCGACGAUGUUGUCCCCAAGACCACCAAGAACUUCCGUGAGCUUUGCAAGCUUCCCGAGGGCCAGGGCUACCUGAACUCCGGCUUCCACCGUGUCAUCCCCCAGUUCAUGCUCCAGGGUGGUGACUUCACCCGCCACAACGGUACUGGUGGUCGUUCCAUCUACGGUGAGAAGUUCGCCGAUGAGAACUUCCAGAAGAAGCACAACAAGCCCGGUCUUCUCUCCAUGGCCAACGCUGGCCCCAACACCAACGGCUCCCAGUUCUUCAUUACCACCGUUGUCACCUCGUGGCUCGAUGGCAAGCACGUCGUCUUCGGCGAGGUCGCUGACGCUUCCUCCAUGAACGUCGUCAAGGAGAUUGAGGCCCUCGGCUCCUCCUCCGGCUCCGUCCGCUCCGCUGUCAAGCCUACCAUCGUUGGCUGCGGUGAGCUCUAA